AUGCCCAGUACCCUGCUGAAGGGCCUCAACAGAGCUGCAUGUUCAGAACUGGUCCUUGGAGUGGAUGACUUAGAAGAGUGCUUUGAAGCCAUAUGCAUCUACUGUCAGUCAAACCAUGCUGAAGAGCCUUAUGUCAGCAUCACCAAGAAGCGGCAGCUGCCAAAAAAUGGCUUCUCAGAGGAGAUUGAGAAGGAGGUGGGCCAAGCAGAAGGCAAGCUGUUUACCCACCGAUCUGCAUUCAGUCGGGCAUCAGUGAUCCAGGCUUUCCUGGGCUCGGCCCCCCAGCUGACCCUGCAGCUGUAUAUAAGCGUCUUGCAGCAGAACGUCACUAUUGGAAGAGGUUGCUACUGCAGCUCCGACCAUCAUAACUGCAUUCAAGGCUUCAUGAUGAGCCUAUCCCUGUUGUCCAUUGUGUAUGGAGCCUUGCGCUGCAACAUCUUAGCCAUCAAAAUCAAGUAUGAUGAGUACGAGGUCAAAGUGAAGCCCCUGGCCUAUCUCUGUAUCUUCCUCUGGAGGAGCUUUGAGAUUGCCACACGAGUUGUGGUCCUGGUCCUCUUUACCUCCGUCCUGAAGACCUGGGUGGUGAUCGUCAUACUCGUCAACUUCUUCAGCUUCUUCUUGUAUCCCUGGAUCAACUUCUGGUGCAGUGGCUCCCCAUUCCCCGAGAACAUAGAGAAGGCCCUCACUCGGGUGGGCACCACCAUUGUUCUGUGCUUCCUCACUUUACUCUAUUCUGGCAUCAACAUGUUCUGCUGGUCAGCUGUACAACUGAAAAUCGACAACCCUGACCUCAUCAGCAAGUCUCAGAAUUGGUAUCGGCUACUGGUGUACUACAUGAUGAGAUUCAUUGAGAAUGCCAUUCUCCUCCUCCUGUGGUAUUUUUUCAAGACCGACAUUUACAUGUAUGUGUGUGCGCCUCUGUUGGUUCUACAGCUGCUCAUUGGUUACUGCACAGCCAUUCUCUUCAUGCUUGUGUUCUAUCAGUUCUUCCACCCUUGUAAAAAGCUCUUUUCUACCAGUGUUUCUGAAGGCUUUAGGAAGUGGAUCAGGUGUACCUUCUGGUUCUGCAGGUGGCAGAAACCCUGUGAAUUAGAAGGAAAGACAGAUGAAAAGUCAUCUGGAGGCAGAGAUGAGACACCUUCUAGCAGUAAAUUAAGUCCUGAGCCCAGUCACGUCUUGAGUGCAGAAGACCUCUGUUCUGCUUAAUGGUACCUGAGGUCUCUCAGGGAACAGGCAUAUUGUUUUCUGGGUUGAUACCUGUUCUUUAUACAAGUAAUGAGUCUUUCACAAGGAAUAAGGCAGAAAGUUAGCUGUCAACUCCUGUGAGCUGCUCUCUUUAUAAACCUCUUGGGUAAGUGGGAACUGUGGGGAGAAGCCAGGGAAACCUCUGAGUGUUGAGAAGAGGCAGCCUAUAGCACCACAGUUUACAGUUAACCUUGUUAUGUUCUUCUAGGCAUUAUUGGCCUUUUCACUGACAGAAGAUUCUUGAAAUCUGAGUUAGGCUGGUUAGAUCCAUCAGGUAAAAGAAGAGAGGGGCUUACUUGUUUUCUCAUUUUCUGGACUUUUGGUCUGGUUAGCCUGAUGACUUAUCCUUAAACAUAGUUAUCACUCAAGAGCUGUCAUUAUGAGCAGAGAAGUUUACUGGGAUUUUGCCACCAGCAAUAUCAUUCCUGUCAGAGCUUAGAGAGCGGGCUAUUAAAGUUUGGUUUGUGAAUAGACAGAUGUUCCCUUUUCAUCUCCUUAGGGCUCUUUGUACAUAACCAACUGUAGUCACUCUGGCAUGCUAUCUCUAAUCGAUUCAAGAGCCUAGAUUUAGAGGCUUUAUUCCCUAGGAACCAUAAGUACAAAAUUGACCUCUCUAAAUUUGGUUAUGGAUGCCUUGGAAUUUCAGGGAAGUUGUAUUCCUUCUAUAUGUUGAAGAAAUUUUGGAUCAGCAGGGUUAUUAAAACAUCAAAAUGACAGGGGCUUGUGUAAGUAAAAUUCUUUCCUUUUGGGGAUAUUUAAAGAUGUGAAUUUGCUAGAAGGUAGACUCAAAGCUUCUCAAAAUCCAGUCUUUCCUGAUUCUGGAAAAUUUAUAGUUGAAUUUGCUUGAACUCUUAGGAAAAAAAAAAAAAAGAUAAAACUCAUAGUGUUUACUCGUGCCUCCCCCUUCCUUGCUGCCAGGAAAGUUUAGACAAGAGUUAUUUUCCUUAAGUUUUUUUGUUUUUUGUUUUUUGUUUUUUUAAAAAAAAACACAGGACAUUUUAAUUUUCAUUAUUUGAAGUAAAAUGGUUUUCACCACCACCAUCCCUAGUUAGAGAUUGACUUCAUAAACAUUUUUUAAAUUAUCAAAGGAGAUGAAAUGACCAGAAGAUUUUUGUCUUUCAUUUAACACAUUUUGAUUUGGUACAAAUAUGAAUUAAUUUGAACAAAAUCCCUAAUUCUAUCCUCCUACACUUUUUCAUCUCAUGUAUAAUUUCUCCUUUAACCUGGAAUCCUAUUUGUUUCCUGAGAGAGGAUGGGGUAGCAUAUCCUCCACUAUCUUGGAAAAAAUGCCUGCAUCUAGUGCCAUUGUUUCUAUUAAAAUCUUGAAAAUGAGAUAUCUGGAAAUAUGUACCAUAAAGAUCACACCAAUUUAAGAAGUAUAUUGGAGUAAAAUAUGAGAAACUUACAAAGGGACUCUAUUUAUGGACUCUAUUUUACAAGAUAGAAAAGGAAUCUAUUCCUCCAACUGUGUUAACCCACAAAAAUAUAUUUAUCUGGCCAUUGCACUUCUUAUAAUUUUCCUUUUUGAUUCUUCUUGAUAUUAACUUGAUAAGUAAUUUCAAGGAUAAAUAGAACAGUAAACAUUCUUUCACAAGGCAUAAUAUAUUGCUCGAUAUUUUAUAUAGGUCCAUAGAAGUAUAUCACUAAGCCCCUAAGGUGUAGAGCCUCAAUUUUAGUUUUUAUGAAAUACAUUUCUUCAUUUGAAAUUGUCUUGGUUUAUCAAUAUUUUGGGUUUAAUUUUGUGGGGAUGUCCACACAACAGAUCUUUUAUUUUGUCUAUUUUUAACAGAAUUAGAAUAAAAUCCAAGAUUGUCUAUGUUCUUCCUGUUACCACACCAUCUACCACUUGCCCUAUUUUUAAUAGGCCUAAAAUAGUGAGCAUACAUAAUCAAAAGACCACUUCAUACAACAUAAACUUCCAUGUACUUUCCGUGCUGUCACAUGUACACAUACAUACACGUUAUUACACAAAAGCAGUGUUGAAAAUAUCUAACAACUGUAAGUAAAGCUAAGAUGUUAAGGCAUCCUUUUUUGGUUAUUUCCUAAUGAACAGAAAUACUCUAUAAUGUUUAGGAGAGUAGUAAGGCCAUUCCUAAGUCAUUUCAAGUGUUUCUUGAUAUCAAAUAAGAUAGUUGUAUUCAUUUUUCAUUGACACUGGAUAGCUUAUAGCUCUUUUUUGAGAAAGACAGUCUCACCUUGAAGUUUUUCCAGUGGCUAUGCUAGGGGUAAUGGUCCCCCAUUACCACCUGAAAUGCCUUAGGUCAUGCCUUGGGAGCGAGGAGUGGGGCGCCCCCCAGCCUGUCACUAACUAAGCAUAUUCAGACCUAGACAGAGAUGAAGAGGCUGGUGUUUCCCAGACUUAGUUCAGAAGCAUGUCUCAAAGACCAUUACAAAACCUUAACUUUUAAAUAUAUACAUUUUAAUUUAGAAAAUAGAUAAGCAUCUUGAGUGACUUCAAAACAAACUAAUAGUGAUGUUCAUCUUUCAGAUUCCCAAAAGCCCAGUUCACGCAUUUAUUAAAGACAGACAUUUGAUAACUAAAUUGGACAUUUUGUCCCUUUUAACCUCUGAUAUGUAGGUACUCCAGCUUUUGGGACAUGUAUGUCCAUUUUCUUGAGGGAGAAAUACUUUAUUUUGCAUGGUGAAAAUGUAAGUCGUGGUGCACUGAGAAUUUUUGUUAUAUAAUUGAUAUCUCUGAAACAGCAAAAUUACAGUUCACACUGCAGAGUUUGGUUGUCCUAAAGGUGUUUUUAAAAAGUCCCAGUAAAUUUCCUCAUGUAAUAGAGGUUAAAAUGUGUUUUUCAAUUAUAAUUCCAAAUUUUAAAACUCCCAGUGCUUUGUCUAAUUAAUCAUAUACCGUAGCUUGUCAUGACAGCUGCCCCAAAUGAAUCACUCUCAUCUGGCUGGAGAGGGUGAGGGGUGAAUUCAUCAUUACUGAAGACAGUCCAUUAUGGAGAUCAGGAUCUCCCUGUUCAGCCCUUUAAGUUAUUUAAUUGCUCUAUGCCUCAGUUUCCUCACCCACCAAGUUUGGAUGAUAUACUUGUCCAACCUACCUCACAAGGUUGUAAUAGAUGUGAAAAGGCUUUGAAAAUAUUUUUAAAGUGCCAUGCAUAUUUAAAGAGUUAUUAUUAUAGUUAUUCAAAUACAUAAGCAGGUGAUUAUUAUUUUUUUACUGUUAGAAAAAGAAAUAAGUAGUGUCAACCAUAUGCGUGUCUUGAAUGGAUAUGUGAGCCUUUGGCCUUCUUAGCAGUUGUCUUAUCUUUUACCGCCAGUUGCUUACAAAAACUAACACCCAAAUACAUGGUAGUUAGAGGAAAAAGACCCACUGAAUCUUAGAAAGUGCUUCUGAUAGCAAAUGAGUUUGUUUUGGUAUCAUCUUUCAUAAAAGACAUAACACCCUUUGAUAAUUGUAAUUUAGAACUUGAAUGCUUGAUUCAAAGCAUUAAUUGAAUAUGGGUUUAAUCUUUGCAACCUUGUCAAUGGGAAAAUAAACAUUAAAAUUGAUUGUCCAAUAUAGCAUUUCCUUGGAAAUAACCUUAGAACUUCAGUGCUGUGGUUAUGAGUUUAUGUGCCAAUCUCACUCAGUGCAUUGUGGAUGUCAGCUUUUACAGACUACUUCUCUGCAGUCAUUGACUCUAAUAAAUAUUGUUGAUGUUUCUUCAUAUAAUAAAUUAAUUUUUCAAUUUG